UGUCAUGCCACAUACAUGUGCUCAACGAAUGCAUCAUCCUCGACGUCGUGGAAAACAAUCACCCCUUCAUGAUCUCUUAUCUUCAUAGUAAAUCAUGCUGGUUUCACUUCUUUCUCUAGCUGGCUUCGCAAUCGCACGCGACAUCACAUUCGCCCCAGUCUACGCGUAUGACAGCCAAAAUCCCAUUCACGUCGAUACACCAGGAUUGUCCGCUGAUGUGACAACUGCUAAGUUCGUUGGGCUCUCUACUUUUGCCAAUUUGCCGUAUGUGCAUUGUCUCGCUGGGAAGGGAGUUGAGGUGGAAAAAUAUGACAUUGCCAUCAUUGGAGCACCCUUUGAUACUGGAGUGACGUCUAGGCCCGGUGCACGCUUCGGACCUAGAGGGAUACGGCAAGGCUCGACUCGCAUUGACCCGGGAUCCGCAUGGGAUGUGUACACAGGAGAUAACGUUUUCCAGUCCUGGGCAAGGAUUGUGGACUGCGGCGACGCCCCUUUGACAUAUCUCGAUAACACUGUCGCACUGAAACAGCUCGAUGCAGCGCACAAGAUAGUCUCAGGUCGUGAAACAAAUUCUAGUCAGUACACGACAGCUCGAAUUAUAACGUUAGGAGGAGAUCAUACGACUACUCUAUCAGCCUUGCGCUCUGCGCACAAUCAUUGGGGUCCAGUCAGCGUGAUCCACUUUGACAGUCAUCUUGACACUUGGGACCCUGAUGUUCUAGGGGGUGGAAUAUCUCACUAUGCUGGCGUCAACCACGGCACAUUCUUGCACAUCGCCCAUGAGGAAGGUUUGAUUCGGAACACAUCUGCCCAUGCAGGUCUCCGAGCACCCAUGUCCAGCCCCAAAGGCGAUCUGAAGAACGAUCGACGAUGCGGUUUUGCAAUUGUCACAGCUCGAGAUAUUGACAGGAUCGGUAUUCAGGGGGUCAUCGAAACGCUCAAAGCGCGAGUUGGAUCGACGAAUGUUUAUAUCAGUGUUGACAUCGACGUACUUGACCCAGCAUUUGCCCCGGCUACUGGUACAUCUGAAGUCGGAGGUUGGACGACAAGAGAACUGCUCAGCAUUCUCGAUGGGCUCGCAGAACUGAAUAUUAUUGGUGCAGACGUUGUCGAAGUUGCACCGAUAUACGACAACCCUGGCGAGACUACGGUGCUUGCAGCAGCUGAAAUUGUUCGAUCCCUGAUAGCGUUGAUGGUGUAUAACCCUGUCAAGACCCUGUCUACAGUGUGAAAGCCGCAAAGGUGAUACUGUAUCACUACUGUAGUAGCGUCUGUUUCAGGGUCUAACUGUAAUUCUCAAUCCUUGGCACAUAUAGACAGAGACCGAAAUGGUCAACAAUGGGACCAUUAGUUGGCGUGAACUGUAACGGACGCAAUUCACACAG